AUGCACGCCGCGACUGGUCCCCGUGUCGCCCCCCAUGUCGCCGCCACGCAUGGCGCCGCUUUAGCACGCAUCGACUCGUUCCGCAUCUCUCUCCCUCUCUCGCCGUCCCUUCCCUUCCGUCGUUUUUCCGCGCCUCCGCUCCGUGCCACCAAAUCCGCCGCAAUCGCCGCCGUUGAAGGCGCCGACAACACAGGCGAAACAGCUGCUUCCUCCCCUCCCUCCCCCACACCCUCCCCCGCAUCCUCCCCCUCACCUUCAUCCUCCCCCUCAUCCUCCGCCAACGCUUCCCCCACUUCCGCCUCUUCCGCCUCUUCCGCCGCCCCCGCUUCCGCGCCUCCCCAGAGCAAGCGGCAGUACGCCAUCGGCGCGCUGCAGCAGCUGCCCGCCGUGUCGCCCGCCGCUGAAAUCAUCGGCACGGCGCUGCGCCGCGCCAAGCACGUGCGCGCCAGUAGAGGUGAGCGGCGGCGUGCUGUGCGUGGUGAUCCUUCCUCCGUUGCUUUCAUGAUUUUAACCCUACUAUCUCCCUUCACCUCCUUCCCUCACGCGCACAUACACUCUCAGGCGUCG